CCCCAUAUCAAAAUGCUGACCAGCAGAGCACGCAUAGCCGCAAGGCGCAUCGCAUGCCCGUCCUCCAUCUCACGCGCACUGCCCGUUCGCACAUCGCCGUUAUGCCUGACCACAUCCGUAGCACGGCCCUCGCAGCAGCAAAAGAUUCUGAGGCCGCUUGUGUCUUCCCGGGGGUAUGCGAAUGGCGGGCGCCCCCAUCCUCCUGGUGGAACACAUCGCAUGAACCUCGGUGGUGAGCCAGAAAAGCCGGCGUUAGAGCAGUACGGAGUCGAUCUCACAGCGCGCGCGCGAGACGGCAAGUUGGAUCCAGUCAUAGGACGAGAUGGCGAAAUACAGCGCACCAUCCAAAUUCUGUCCCGACGAACAAAGAACAACCCCGUCCUCAUCGGCUCCGCUGGAACCGGCAAGACGGCCAUUCUCGAAGGCCUGGCACAGCGCAUCGUCAAGGGCGAUGUGCCUGAAUCGAUACAGGAAAAACGCGUCAUCUCUCUUGACCUCGGCUCCCUCAUUGCCGGUGCCAAAUUCCGCGGCGACUUUGAAGAGAGGCUGAAGAGUGUGCUGAAGGAAGUCGAAGAGGCCAACAAGGGCGUCAUCUUGUUUGUCGACGAGUUGCACACCUUGUUGGGCCUGGGCAAGGCAGAGGGCAGCAUUGAUGCCAGCAAUCUUCUCAAGCCCGCUCUCAGUCGUGGAGAGCUGCAGCUCUGUGGAGCGACGACACUCAACGAGUAUCGGCAGAUUGAAAAAGACGCAGCGCUUGCGCGACGAUUCCAGCCCAUUGUUGUUGGCGAGCCCACGGUCCAGGACACUAUUUCCAUCCUGCGUGGUAUCAAGGAGCGAUACGAGGUCCACCAUGGUGUGCGUAUUACCGACAAUGCUCUGGUGGCUGCCGCUUCAUACAGCAAUCGUUACAUCACAGACCGCUUCCUCCCCGACAAGGCCAUUGACUUGGUAGACGAGGCUGCAAGUGCACUGCGUCUACAGCAAGAGAGCAAGCCAGAUGCAAUCCAAGAGCUCGAUCGCCAAAUCAUGACUAUCCAGAUCGAGCUGGAGUCGCUCCGCAAGGAAACCGACAUUGCGAGCAAAGAACGACGCGAGCGUCUUGAAGAAACAUUGAAGCAGAAGCGAGAUGAGGUAAAGGUGUUGACGGAGAAGUGGGAGAAGGAGCGAGAAGAGCUCGACGCAAUCAAGAACGCGCAGGAGAACCUUGAAAAGGCAAAGCUCGAGCUUGAAAUAGCCCGUCGUCAGGGCGACUUCGCCAGGGCUGGUGAGCUGCAAUACAGCAGAAUCCCGGAGUUGGAACAGAAACUUCCCAAGGACGAGGAGGUGACGGCUGGAGCCAACCGACAGGGCUCUCUGCUACACGACUCUGUUACCGCGGACGACAUUGCCGCCGUCGUCUCCCGCACGACCGGUAUCCCACUAUCCAAGCUCAACUCGGGAGAAAGUGAGAAGCUCAUCCAUAUGGAGGACACCCUGCGCCAGUGGGUCAAGGGCCAGGACGAGGCCUUGACCGCCGUUGCAAACGCCAUUCGUCUCCAAAGAGCUGGACUUUCUGGCGAGAACAGGCCCAUCGCCUCCUUCAUGAUGUUGGGGCCAACUGGUGUAGGAAAGACGGAGGUGUGCAAGAGACUUGCAGAGUACCUUUUCAGCACACCCCAAGCUGUAAUCCGGUUUGACAUGAGUGAGUUCAGCGAGAAGCAUACAGUGUCGCGUCUCAUCGGCUCUCCUGCUGGCUAUGUCGGGUACGAGGACGCGGGUCAACUCACUGAAGCUGUGCGACGAAAGCCUUAUGCUGUUCUCUUGUUUGACGAAUGGGAAAAGGCACACAAGGACAUUUCAACCUUGCUUCUUCAAGUUCUCGACGAGGGCUUCCUUACGGAUGCACAGGGCCACAAGGUGGACUUCCGCAACACCAUCAUCGUCAUGACGUCCAACCUUGGAGCUGAUAUUAUUGUCGGUGACGACGCCAUACACUCGGUUAGCAAGGAUUCGAGCGAGAUCUCACCGGCAGUACGCAGCGCUGUCAUGGGUAUUGUUGCUGCCACAUACCCGCCCGAGUUCCUCAACCGUCUCGACGAGUUCAUCAUUUUCCGCCGUCUAUCACGAGAAGCGCUCAGAGACAUUGUAGACAUUCGUCUGAAAGAGCUUCAGCAGCGACUAGACGACCGCAGAAUUAUUCUCGAAUGCCCAGACGAAGCCAAACAAUGGCUAUGUGACCGAGGCUACGAUCCAAAAUUCGGCGCCCGGCCACUGAACAGGCUCAUUGCCAGAGAAAUUGGCAACGGCCUUGCUGACAAGCUGAUCCGUGGAGAAAUCCGCACCGGCGAUACGGCCAAGGUUUCGAUCAAGAAAGAUGGCACAGGCCUUGAUGUCGCCGCAGCUUGAUGCUGCUGUAUGACUAACGACGACAUGAUUGUAUAACAGAUUGUAAAAACGUACCAUUACAUGUACAUAAUGUAGCAUUGUCGGCGUUGUAGGUAAAAUCUCUUCCUCUUUGUAGGCAACGAUAAUGAAUG